GUAGAAUGUCUUAUGUCCCCACCUUUCGGGUGGGGCCGUGGGACUCUCCCUAAGCAUCAAACUGCCGACUCAGAACUGGUGCGGACAAGGGGAAUCCGACUGUUUAAUUAAAACAAAGCAUUGCGAUGGUCCCAACGGAUGUUGACGCAAUGUGAUUUCUGCCCAGUGCUCUGAAUGUCAAACUGAAGAGAUUCAACCAAGCGCGGCUAAGCGGCGGGAGUAACUAUGACUCUCUUUAGGUAGCCAAAUGCCUCGUCAUCUAAUUAGUGACGUGCAUGAAUGGAUUAACGAGAUUCCCACUGUCCCUAUCUACCAUCCUGCGAAACCACAGCCAAGGGAACGGGCUUGGAAGAAUCGGCGGGGAAAGAAGACCCUGUUGAGCUUGACUCUAGCUACUGUCGUCUGUCUCCUGGGUUUCGCCUGCGUCGAGUGCUGUYGGUGGUGCCCGCGGCAACCGGCGGAUGUGGACCCAGGGGGGAGAGGGGUUGUGUUCCUUUUGCGCCCCCGUGCACAGGUGGAGGCUUUCCGUCCGUCCGGGCGUGUUGGAAGCGUGGUGCAUUCGUUUCUCUCUUCACCCGCGUUUGUCGAUGGAGAGAUGAGGCUGUUCACUUCGCUGUCGGUACGUUUUCGGCAGGCGGUGGCAUCCGGCUGUUCCCGAGAAGGGGAUGCCGAAGAGGGUGACAGCCCCGUCGAUCGAGAAGGGGAUGCCGAAGAAGGGAAUGCAGCCCCAAUUGGGUGCGCGCCCCCGACGGCCCUUGAAAAUCUGGAGCUGCGGGUACCUCUCACGCCCGGCCGUACUCAUAACCGCAUCAGGUCUCCUAGGUCGUCCCUCCGGUUUGUGUGGUCGCCGCCUUCCGUUCGCUCCCAUCAGCUUGAGGUGGGCUUGCGGUUGGGGGUGUCGGCCUCGAGCUGUGGAGGUACGUCGGGCCUUGCCUUUUGAUCUCAGGUCGGGCGGGAGCACCCGCCCAAUUUAAGCAUAUAACUAAGCGGAGGAAGAGAAACCAACGAGGAUUCCCUUGGUAGCGGCGAGCGAACCGGGAAUAGCCCAGACUGA